AUGUGUGAUCUACUGUCACAACCACGACAACAACAACAAAGAACUGGACAAAAAUUAUCAAAUCGUCAAUUAAACAAAAAUCAACUUCAUUUAACAACAACAACAACAACUAGUGAAAUGUCAUCAAAUUUAUGUACUAAUUCAAAUCGUUUCAAUAAUUCAAUGAUCAAUACUACCAAUAAUCGUUCUUCAAAAUCUUUGAAUCAACAAACUACACAAAAAUCCGAUAUAAAUUCAUUCAUAGUUAUUGAUAAAGAUACUACUACUGAUAAUGUUGAUAGUAGUAGUACUGAUAGUAUAAAUCAGAUAUCAUGGUCACCUCCUAAUGAAAAUUCUAAUUCAAAUCAUAAUAAUACUAAUAAUCAUAGCCGAAGAAAUUCUUCUUCCAAAGAUCACAUUCAUGUAUCUUCUUCUAUAAAUGGGGAUUUACAACAACCACAACAACAAGACAUAUGUUCAACAACCAAUGAAACAUUGAACACCGAUAUGAAUGAUCAAUGUUCAAUAAUAACAAUUGAACAAUCAAUGAAAACAUCCAUCCAUUUUGAUUGUAUAGAUAAUAGUAAUCAGUCAAAUUCAAUAGGUUCAUCAAAAUCACCACGAUUAUCUACACCAUCCCCAGCACCUUCCCCAUCAUCGUCCUCAUCAUCGUCAACAGCAUCAGCUUCCAUUUCAAAUCAUAGUGUUGUUGUUUCAUUGAGAAAUAAUGAAAAUGCCCAAUGGAAUACAACUACUUCUACUAAUACUACUAACAAUAAUGAUAAUAGUAGUAGUAGUAAUGUCAAUAACGAUGAUGAUGAUGAUGUCAUAAAUUCUUGUACUGUGAAAUCUCAAACAGAUAUAAUUGAUAAAUUGAAUUCACCAAAUAACAAUCAUGACAAUGUUGAUGAUCAUUCUAGUCAUGUUCAGCCAUCAAGCUCAUCUAGCCAGUCACAGAAUCGACGUCAGUUGAAUAAAUCAAAUUUAUCAGCUUAUCAUAACAAAGAAUGUCAACAGUUAUCAUCUGACAAAGAAGUAGAAAUUGAAGAUGAUAAUGAAGUCGAAGAUAACAGUGUAACGAUUGAUUUUAAAAAUGACUGUACUGAUAAAGAUGAUCAGAAUCAUGCCACUAUUGACGAGGAUGGGGGUGAUGGUGGUGAUGGCGACGAUGUCGACGGUGGUGAAGUCGAAGAGGAUAACGACGGUACCGAUCAUGAUGAUAAUGAUGAUAAUAAUAACAAUUCUUAUUUAAUCAAUCAACACCCUACUCAUCCAUAUGUUACAUCAUUCCCAACGUUGAUAACAUCUGACAAUCUUACUAAUUGUAUAUCACCAAUGUUAGCCGCUGCUGCAAUGGCUGCUCUAACCACUGGUUGUUUUCCUACAUCAUGUAAUCAAUUAAAUCAGUUCAAUUAUUCGCUAUUAUCAAAAUCUUAUGGAAUAUCUCAAUUAUCUGCACCCCCACCGCCCCCACCAUUAACAACACUAUUGCCACCACCUCAGCCUUCCAUGUCAUCGUUGUCGCUGUCGCCAUCGCCAUCAGCAUAUCCUCAGCGUUUACACACCACCACCACCACCAAACAACAAUCGUCGUUUUUUAAUUCAACACCAAAUAAAAAUUCCAAACUGAACGGUACUCAUCACCAUCCUCACCCUCACCAACAUAAUGUUCAUAUGAAUAGUCUGUCAUCAUCAUCAUCAUCCUCAUCAGUAGCUAUUGUCGGCGGUCAUUCAGCUAAUUCACCGAUUCAAUCAAACACUGAUCAUUACAAUAAUAAUAAUAAGACUCAUCCCAUGUCCUCCACAUCACCAUGUACACCAAUGCAAUAUUCAUCACGAUCAAAUAGUCCACAUCAAGCGUCAACUAAUCAUCAUCAUCAGCAUCAUCGAUUCAUUUCAUCCAGUAAUGCAUUGAAUUAUUUCUCAUCUAUGAAUGAUGACGUAGAAGGCGAGGAAGAAGAGAAUGAUGAUGAUGACGAUGAAGUAGGCGGUAGUGACGAUGAUGAUGAUGAUGAACUGGAUGCUGAUGGCGGUGGAGAUGAGAUGGAUAAGAAUUCCUCUACACCCGGUAAUACUAAUACUAAUAAUAAUAACAAUCAUCAAUGGACAUUUGAAGAACAAUUUAAACAGUUAUACGUUAUUUCAGAUGAUCCAAAACGUAAAGAAUUUCUGGAUGAAUUAUUUGUUUAUAUGCAAAGAAGAGGUACACCAGUGAAUCGUAUACCAAUUAUGGCUAAACAAGUGUUAGAUUUAUAUGAAUUAUUCCAAUUGGUUGUUGCACGUGGUGGUCUAGUUGAAGUGAUCAAUAAAAAAUUAUGGCGUGAAAUAACUAAAGGUUUAAAUUUACCCUCAUCUAUAACAAGUGCAGCAUUUACAUUGAGAACACAAUAUAUGAAAUAUUUAUAUCCAUAUGAAUGUGAAACACUUGGUUUAAGUUCACCAAAUGAAUUACAAGCUGCAAUCGAUGGUAAUCGACGUGAAGCUAGACGUAGUUCUUAUACAUUUGAUUAUCCAAUGAUGAAUGCACCGAAUACAUCACGUUCUACUUCACCAGCCAGUGUAACCACAGCUGAAGCAGUCACCACCAUCACAACAACAGCAACAACGAUGAACACAACGACGACAAACCACCAACAAACACCAACACUAACAACCAAUAUUACUAUUCCAGCUAACAUAAUGACACCGACGACGACUACUACUAAUACCAGUACAUCGUCAUUGUCCAGUUCUUUUAUCUAUCCAAAUGGUUUAGGCUUUCCUUAUGAAAUCAAUUCCGAUAUGAAUCAAUUAUUAGCAAAUAUUGCUGGAGAUUCAACUAACACCACCACAACAACAACCGCCACAACAACGCCAUUUUGUACAAAUCAUUUAAAUUUCACAACACCAUUUGCACAAUUCAAUCCAUUUCUUACCAUUCCAACUGGAUGCUCUUCUACGGCAUUGGAAAACAAUGCAUUCGGAUUACAACCACCAAUCACUGCUAUGAUGACAUCCACUACCACCACCACGUCGUCGUUAUCAACAGCAACCACUGUAUUGUCGAAUCCAAUGAAUUUCUUCCCCGCACAUUUGUUACCAUCUAUGAUAGCAGCUAGUCAUCCAAAUUUCUCUAUCAUUGGUGGUGGAUCACAUUUUCAAGGUUUCAAUACAGCAUCAUUGAAUCAUUCCGAUGAUGUAUGCAUUCCAUCAGCAUCGGCAUCGGCAUCCUCUUCAUCGUCGUCAUCGACGUCGUCUAUGAUACAACAGCCUGGUUUAUCAGUAAAUAAUAAUAAUAAUAAUAAUUUCACUGAUCCUAAUAAUGCAAUGGCAGCAGCUGUCGCCGCAGCAACAUUAUUCAGUGCAGGAUUUCCAACAUUACCUGGAGGGUUUACAGCUACGCAUACGCCAACAACACCACCGCCAGUACCGAUGUCGCUGCCGUUUCCGCCGUCGCUGACGCCGUCAUUACAAUCGCCAGUAUCAAUACCAGUAAUAUUACCGCCAACAGCAACAUCACCAACAUCCACAGUAGUAACAACGCUGAAUAAUAAUUCAUAUCUUGUAAAUAAUACUACAUUAAUGAUGAAUCAAUCUGAUGAAUAUGUGAAAUUUCCUUUAUUCAAUAGUAUACGUCAACAAAUGAAUCAUUCAAAUUCUACUACUACUGAUGGUGGAUUAAAUGAUAGUGGAUUAAGAUCGAAGAAUAAGUUAAUUCAACAUAACUUGGAUAAUGAUGAUGAUGAUGAUGAUUGUCAAUUCACUACAUCAAGUUUACCAUUGAAUUUAACUGCAAACGAAACGAAUCUCAUCAAAUUAGAUGAAGAAGGUUCCUUGUAUUUAGAUAAUGAUUGUAGAUCUUCAUUAAUGUUGGUAGAACAUGACAAAAAAUUGAAUCUUGACAAUGACUCGUUUACAUUGCAUUCAAAUGAUCAACUUAUUCAAAAAGAUGGUGGUAAAAAUAAUCAUUUAUUGAAUAGUUAUCAUCAUCAUUCUCAACAUCCUCAACAUCAACACCGUCGUCGUCAGCAUCAUCAACAUCAACACCAGUAUAAAGAAACGACAACUUCCGCCGCCUCCAAUGAUGAUGAUGGUGAUGAGGCUGAUCACGACGAUCCUCAUGAUAAUGAUGCAGAUGAUUGUUCGACUAGUGUUCACAAUGAACAACAACACAUAGAAUUAAGAUGUCAAUCGAAUUCAUCUGGAGAUAUGAAUAAACGUGAACAAACUACUACUGCUACUAGUAGUAGUACUAGUAGUAACACGACUACUACUACUACUAAUAGUAAUAAUAAUAACAGAUUACCACAGGCAAAUUUCACUUUUGAAAAUGAUGAUCCCAGCAUUAAAACAGCUGCACAGGUGGCAUGUCAACAAUUAUGGGCUGCUGCGGCUGCUGCCGCCGCUGGUCUACAACAUUGUAGUCAUCAAAUAAAAACAUCGGAAAAAAACACCUAUGGAAUGUUAACAGGAAAUUUCAAUGGACUAUGCAAAUCGAAUCAUGCAUCUUCACAACAAAUUGAAAGUUCCAACAGUAUUCCUGCUGCUAGCACUACUACUACUACAACUACUACAACUACUCCAACUAGUACUCAAACUACUACUACUAUUCAUAAUAAUAUCAGUAGUAAUAACAAACAAACAUCACAUUCAACAUAUUCCAAAUCCUUAACAUCAUCAACAUCAGGCAAAAAAACUCAUUCACGUACACCAAGUCAUUUAGAUACACCAAAUGCUAAAAUCCCAAAAUUAUCAUUCAUGAACAACAACACUAGUGGAAUUGGUGCGCAUGAAUCCAAUGGAAAACAUUGUGGAACAAAUUUAUCAAAAAAAUUAUCUGAUUUACGUAAACAAAAUGAAGCUAUUUCUAUGUCAGCUAAUUUUCAUUUUAAUAAUAAUACUACGAAUACUACUAAUAAUAGUAGUGUAUCAGUAGGUGCAAAUAAUAAUCAUUUAUCAGCUGCUCAAUUAUCAAUGGUAACACAGAAUUUUCGAAUUCAAACACAACCUGGUGCUCCAAUGGGUCUACCACAAAAUGCUAUGGUUGUUACUAUGGAAAUGGGAAAUCUAUUAUAUCAAGGUGUAUUAUUUGGACAAUUAAAACGAUAACUUUGUGAUAGACAUUGUAGAAUUCAUCUCCCUGUUUUCUUCUACAUUUCUUUUUAUGAUUUUUUCCUUGUUUGAAUCUCCUCCUCUCUUCUAUUCCCCCCCUAAGCUCGAUCAACAAACACAUCAAUACAUGGAACUUACUAUCUUAUCAGUUUUCUAAUUAUAUAAUAUAAUUUUGUCUUAUCUUACAUGCAUUUGACAUAGGCUAGCUGUAUUAUUAUUAUUAUUGUUAUUUAAUUAUUUUUUCUAGCUAGUUUAAUAUUGCCCAUUGUUGUACAUACAUACAUACGUACAUAAAUUAAUCUAUCUAUCAAUAUACAUAAGUUUAUAUAUAUAUUUAGUUAUA